UUUCAGGAAAAGUAAAACCUUCAAAACGGUUCCCGACUCGAUUCUAGGGUUUCUGCCUCGGAACACACUAUCAAUUCGAUCUUAUCUAAUUUUUGUUUAUCUGUAUUUACGUCAAUCUUUAAUUCAAUGCUCCUUGAUUCUAAUCUUUUCAUACCAUCCAAACAGAUCUCUGCCUUGAAACCCCCCACAUUUCUAGUAAAUCCCAACAACUCGAUUUCAAAUUUUCACAAAACCCUCAUUUAUUAUUCCUUUGAUACCGUCCGUUCCUCCAAUGCCGCUCGCCGAUUCAGACAAAAUUGGCCCUAAAUCCCCUGACAACCCCGUAAAGGCUGAAAUCUCAAAACCCCCAAAGCCCUCUUUGGUUAAAGAUGGUGACAAUGGUAAUGGCGAGGACGAGGCGGUUCUUGACGUCUCUGGGAAAAUCUUGGAAUUUUCGUCUUUGGAAAGCUCCAAGGACGCGGUGGAGGGGUUGUAUUUGUAUAAAAACGCGUUUAAUUUAAUACCUAGAUCGCUGGGCGGUCUUGGGCGGCUGAGGAGGUUGAAGUUUUUCGGGAAUGAGAUUAAUUUGUUUCCGGCGGAGUGCGGGAACUUGUUCGGGUUGGAGUCUUUGCAGGUGAAGAUAUCGUCAACGGGGUUUGGUGGCUUGCCACUGCGUAAGCUGGAGGGUCUAAAGGAGCUCGAGCUGUCCAAAGUGCCUCCUCGGCCUUCUUCAUUCCCCAUCAUGAGCGAGAUUGCUGGGCUGAAGUACCUGACCAAACUCUCUGUUUGCCAUUUUUCUAUCCGAUACCUUCCUCCAGAAAUCGGCUGCUUAAAUAAUUUGGAGUAUUUGGAUCUUUCAUUCAACAAGAUGAAGACCUUGCCUUCUGAAAUAAGUCAUUUGAACGCUUUGAUAUCAUUAAAAGUUGCUAACAAUAAAUUGGUGGAACUCCCUUCGGGCUUGUCCUCUCUGCAAAGGUUGGAGGUCUUGGACCUCUCAAACAACAGGCUGACAUCACUAGGGUCUCUUGAACUCGGCUCUAUGCAUAAACUUCAAAACAUAAAUCUCCAGUAUAACAAGCUUGCCAGUUGCUGUCAAAUACCUUCAUGGAUAUUAUGCAAUUUGGAAGGAAAUGGUAGAAAUGCAUCCAAUGAUGAUGUCACCAAUUCUUCUGUUGAAAUGGAUGUUUAUGAAAUGGCCAUGGAAAAUGACAGAAGUCUGUCUUGUAAUGAUGCAGGCUCUUGUCAUACCUCAUCAACCCUCUUACCUGGGUCAUCAUCAAACAGUAGAUGUUUCGCAGCUCGUAGGUCAGGCAAGCGGUGGAAACGCAGGUAUUAUUUGCAACAGAAAGCUCGUCAAGAACGUUUGAACAACAGUAGAAAGUGGAAAGGUGUUGAUUGUGACAAGGUGUUGGCUGUGAAAGCAAAUGAAAACGUCAAAUCUAGCAAUCUAAAUGUCCUUGCUUCUGAAACUUGUGUAGAAGGUGCUUCAGACAUUUUAGGUGUGGAGUAUGAUGAUAAUAAACGAAUAGUUCCUGGAGAAUCUGAAAGUGAAAAUUUGAUUAGUGGCGUGGAGAAUAAUGAACUUGGUUUAGAAAAGGGAUCUUAUGUAGAAAAUUGCUCACGUGUUAGCCUUGACUCUGCUACAAUAAGGAAAGGAGUUGAAAAUGAAGGCUGUGAACAUGAUGCAUCUUUGGCCACCACAGGGAAUGAAGCUGGGGAGGAAGAUGAAGGUUCGCCUUCAGAAACCUUGAGAAGUGUGUCCAAGUCAAAGAGGCAUUGUGAUAGGGAUCUUGAUAAUCCCAAACCAUGCAAGUAUCGGAAACCAACUGAUGAUAGCUCGAAGUUGUCUCGCAAGUAUAGUAAUAUCUCAUUUUGUAGCACUGAGGAUAUUCUGCCAGAUGGUUUCUAUGAUGCUGGGCGGGACCGGCCCUUUAUGUCACUGAGCAGCUACGAGCAAAGUUUGCAGCUUGAUUCACGUGAAGUCAUUCUCUUGGACAGGGAGAGGGAUGAAGAUUUAGAUGCAAUCACACUAUCCGCUCAAGCAUUGGUGUUUCAUUUUCGGCAAUUAAAUGGCUUAAACAAAAAUUGGGAUCCUGCUGUUGAUGUCCUGCAGAUUGCAUCAUUUCUUGCCUUUUUUGUAUCAGAUCAUUUUGGUGGCAGUGACAGGGGUGCUAUUGUUGAAAGGACACGAAAAUCUGUAUCUGGUUCAAACUAUCGGAAGCCUUUUGUGUGCACCUGCUCAACUGGAAACAGUGACGGCAUUGGUACAACCAGCAAAGCUGUUGUGGAUGCUGUUGAAGAUAUUAUUUUUUCUGAUCUCUGUGAGAAAUCCAUCCGUUCUGUUAAAGGAAGACAAAAUUCCAUUGUGGUUCCUAUAGGGGCUCUGAAGUUUGGCGUAUGCAGACAUAGAGCAUUGCUUAUGAAGUAUUUAUGUGACCGGAUGGAGCCUCCUAUACCUUGCGAGCUUGUCAGAGGUUACCUGGAUUUCUUGCCACAUGCUUGGAAUAUUGUUCUCAUCAAGAGGGGUCAUUCAUGGGUUCGCAUGGUUGUUGAUGCAUGUCGUCCGCAUGAUAUAAGAGAAGAGACAGACUCAGAAUAUUUUUGCAGAUACAUUCCUCUCAGACGGAUACAAUUUCCUCGUUCAAGCGAAAACCAAUUAGAUGCUGAUUGUUCUUUUCCCUCUAUGUCUAAUUGUGAUGAAACUGAAAAGGCAGCUUCUAGUUCUCUCAUUCGGUGCAAGUUUGGACCCAUUGAGGCUGUCGCAAAGGUACGUACUUUGGAAGCCUGUGGGACUUCAGUGGGUGAAUUGAGGAAUUUUGAGUACAGUUGUAUAGGGGAAGUAAGAAUUUUAGGUGCUUUGAAACACCCCUGCAUAGUAGAAAUGUAUGGACAUCGAAUAUCUUCUAAAUGGGUUCCUCAAGUGGAUGGGAAUCCAGAGAGACGUAUAUUAGAGUCUGCAAUUUUCUUGGAGCACAUAAAUGGAGGAUCUUUAAAGAGCUAUUUAGAAAAGCUAUCAAAAGCUGGUGAAAAGCAUGUCCCGGUGGAGUUGGCAUUGUGCAUCAUUAGAGACGUUGCUUGUGCAUUAUCAGAGCUCCAUUCGAAACACAUUAUACAUCGUGACGUAAAAAGUGAAAACAUUUUAAUUGAUUUGGAUAGGAAGAGAGCUGAUGGAAUGCCUGUUGUGAAGCUCUGUGAUUUUGACAGAUCAGUACCUCUUCGGUCUUUCUUGCAUACAUGCUGCAUUGCCCAUAUCGGAGUACCUUCCCCUGAUAUUUGUGUUGGGACGCCUCGCUGGAUGGCUCCAGAGGUUCUGAGGGCAAUGCACAAAUCUAACGCAUAUGGACUUGAAGUUGAUAUCUGGUCAUUUGGCUGUCUAAUUUUGGAAUUGUUGACUCUGGAAGUCCCCUAUAUUGGGUUAUCUGAAUUACACAUGCAUGACCUUCUUCAGAUGGGCAAGCGUCCAUUGUUGACAGACGAGCUGGAGUCAUUGGGGUCUGCCACUGAGCCUGCAAUGGCUCAAUCUGGUGUUGAGCUGGUGGGAUCUGAGGCCGAACUAGAAACAUUGAGAUUCCUUGUUGAUUUAUUCCGGCAGUGUACCGAAGAAAACCCCAAAAACCGUCCUACAGCUGAUGACCUCUAUGAAAUGUUGGUUUUACGAACAAGCAAUCUUACCAGUUCUGGAUGUCAAAAACCUGAGUAGGUUGUCCUUAGGCCCUUGGGUGAUAUAUUCUCUCCACAUAAGUUUUGUAGCACUAGGACGUAUUAUUGAAAUGUUGUUUCCCUACAUCUUUUGGGAUAGAAUAUAUAGGCUUGACCAAGAAUUACUGUAUUUUUACUGGUUAGAUUUAGUAGCCACCCAGAGUUGAUGUUUAUCAGUAACGAACAGUUUUUACAUACAUCCGGUGCAUCAAUCAUUUGUAACUUUAUUUCUUUUGUCGAGCGUCAUUUUAUCCGAUCGAGCUGUAAAUAUGGUUGGUAGUUAUGUGUUUGGGUCGUGCAGUUUUUCAGCGGCCCUUUGUAACUGUCAUGAUUGUUGUAGACAUUAUUAAAUUAUUAUGAAAGCUCCCCUGAUUUUGAUUGGACA